AUGCCAUCCAAGAAAAUCCUCACAGAGGCCAAGGAGUCCGAGGAGCCUUGCCAACGUUGUUUCCUUCGACUGAUAACCACACCAGAUCAUGUGUGUAAGCGACGUGAGGAGUUAAUAAGAUGUGUGUACUGCAGCAACAUCAAAAAAGCCUGCAACCCGUUCAAAGAGGAGGCGCUGGAGACCAUGCGAAUGCCAAAGUGUCAACGGACUGAGCGGACUCUACAGAUUCUCAAAAAGAUCAAGCUACGUACACGCCGAAUCAACAAGGAAAUUCGAACAGAAGCCGUCAAGGCUUCCUCUGAGAGAGACACCAAUGUGAAGAAGGAAGGAGAUGAAACGGAGAUGGAUCGUCUUUUUGAGAUGUCAGUGGAUAACUCUGAUAAUUACGAGAAGUCUGACACCCUUGAAAACUCUGACAUCCUUGACAACUCGGAUAUCUGUGACAACUCGGACAACUCGGACACCUCUGAUUACUCCGAUCAACCUGACCUCCCUGCCAUCCUUGACUACUCCGAUGAAUCCGAUAACAUCUAUGAUGCUGAUAUUCCUGACAACUCCGAUGAAUCCGAUGAAUUCUAUGAUGCUGCAGCCCAGAAACAGCUUCAGGUUUCUCUCACCGAAGCAGCCCAGGCAAACAUAGAGACCCCGCAGGUGGCUUACUUGGAGAGCCCGGAGAAGUGGUGGCGUGAUAAUUGA